CGCGAGAGAGUGAGAGAGAUGGGGGGAUGGUCACGUGUGUACACACGGUAGAGUUCAGCACGGCGGCGCGAGCGCGUAGUAAAGUCUCGAGCGUCCUCCCACAGUACUGCUUUUUAGUUUUUCUUCAGAGAACGAGAAAUAAAAUCGAAACUGCCUCAAUUCAUCACUUUAUUUACGGCCAGCUCAAACGCCGUCACGGACUGGGAGUGUUUUAUUUUUAUUUUUCUUUAACGUGAAGUUUGUGGAACACCCGGGGUCUCGGAACAUGGGAGUUGUGUGAAGAGUUAGAGGAGGAGAAAUGUCAGUGGAAGUGAAGCAGGACCCGAUGCCUCCAUAGGUGCCAGAAAUCAGCCCUGCUGGCUUUGAGGUGUGAGGAGCGAGAGAGAGGAUUAUUGCCCCGGGGCAGGCGGAGGCAGUGUAUUAACUGUGUGGUGGUGUUUGUCAUGAGGCCAGAACUUCACAAGCUCCUCUGCAGUGGAGUUAUGCAAUACAAAAGACGAAAUCGAUCCAGUGAGCCCGAGUGGAACGUCGGUGCGCUCGCUUCGCCAUGUGGAGCUGCAUGGUUUAUAAUGAGACAGAAGGCCGCACAGAGCUGGCUGUUUGCUGGGACUUGGGCCUGGCUCUGUCCAUCUUCUCUUUCUUUUACCUCAUUGUAUGCUUCCCUGUGGGGCUGUGCUACAACACCCUGUUGGUGGCAGUCAACCUCUCCAACAAGAUGUCCAUGACAAUGCCGGAUGUGUAUUUUGUGAACAUGGCCAUCGCUGGGCUGGUGUUGAACCUGGUGGCUCCGGUCGAGCUCCUGGGCCCGGAUUUCACGCUCUGGCCUGCAUGGGAGCAUAACGACGAGGUAUACAUCACGCUCCUCAUCCUGUUCAACAUCUCCUCCCUGGUUAUCAUGUACUCAACAGCGCUGCUCAGCCUAGAUUACUACAUAGAGUGGGCGCUGCCACGCACCUACAUGUCCAGUGUUUACAACACCAAACACGUGUGUGGCUUCAUCUGGGGUGGCGCCGUGCUCACCAGCUUCUCCUCGCUCCUCUUCUACGUGUGUAACCACGUGUCGGCGAAGAUCCUGGAGUGCUCCAAGAUGCAAAACAAAGAGGCGGCGGACGCCAUCAUGACGCUCAUCGGAUACGCCGUGCCGGCCGCUGCCGUGCUCUAUGCCCUCUGCCUCAUCCUGCGCAUCCGCAAGGAGACCACGCCCUUGGACCAGGACUCGGGAAGGAUGGAUCCGUCGACCCACAGGCUGCUCCUGGCAUGCGUGGGUGUGCAGUUCGUCCUCUGGACGCCAUACUACACCAUGCUUCUGCUGCUGACGGUCGUCGACGUGCCCCGGAUGCAAACCGCCAACACCUACGCCUUUCUGAGAGGCUUGUCGCAGCUGCUCGCCUUCUCCAGCAGCUUCGCUAUGCCACUCAUGUACCGGAAGAUGAACAAAAACUUUGCCCAUAAGCUCCAGCGACUGCUGAGGAGGCUGCAUUGUGGCAAGCAGGCGUGUCCUCACGAACACUCGGUCAUACAGCAGGUGAUCACGUGAGGAUCUGGUGCCCGGGGCUUCGCUGCUCUUUAGAGGCCCUUGCUGCACAAACCACAGGCUGCUGUGAAACUGUGAAACUCUGGAAACUCUCAUUAACCAGUUUGGCUUUGUCACAUCGCGUCUGUUCACCAAGUGUGAAGAAGAAAACCGAUGGGUCUCACGGACUAGCCCACUCUCUGGAAGGGAAACUUGAACUCAGAUCUGGCAGCAGUCUAUUACAGGAUAUCACACAAGCUUGUCUUUUUGCUUUUUUUUGCUUUGUGACCAACUUGAACUCAUUUAGCUGAAAGCUGCAUCUUGAUUGAGGCACAGUGCUUGAUUUUCGGAGCGUCAUCAUGCCACUCUCCAUUUAAAAUGCAAGAAAAACACAGUUUAUCAUCAUCAUCAUCAUCAUCAUCAUUAUUAUUAUUAUUAUUAUUAUUAUUAUUAUUAUUAUUAUUAUUAUUAUAAAUACCUUAGAUUAAUACAAGCCAAUGAACAUAACAAGGGAUUAGGCUCUGUAGUGAACACCCAGAGAUAUCGCUGACAGCUUGGUAUCAGUGUGUGUGUGUGUGUGUGUGCACGCUCCUCAGCUUAGACAUACUUUCUGCAGCUGAAACGGAAUCAUUAAUUCGUUAAAUUAAAAGCAGCAGAGUAAAAAGGGUGUAGCCUGAAUAUCAGGAAGACGCAGCCAUGCCCUGUCCUGCGCUCAGCCCACGCUCUUUAUUCUCACCAGUCACCGAAGGCGGAGUAGAAACAACUCCUUCAAGCUAUUUCAUUUCAUCUUGUGAAUCUGACAGAAACGGGUAUUUUUGAAAAAUAUGAAAAAACUCAUUGAGCUACCGUGCUAAACGCUGACUCUCAUGCUAUUAGCAGCAUUUCAUCCUGUUUAACAUAUUCAAAUGAGUCAGUAAUAAAAUCCCUCUGCUAACACGAUGCCGCAGGAAUGCCAGCGUUCGACCCGAGUUAAUCAUUAUUCCACUCUGACCAAAGUCUGAUUCUAGUGGAAUAUUUAAAGAGCAAAUAUUGGCCAGUUUUAACAUCAUUGGCCUAAAUAGAGGCAGUAAGGACAAAGUCAAAAAGGAAAACGAAUUACAAGAAAGAAUUAAUCGAGUUACAGAGCUCACUGUGUAUUAAAGACUCAAACAAACCCGGUCGAAUGGAAGAAAAAGUCCAGCGCUCCCACCACCGGGACUCUGCUAACAUUUAACCGACAUGAAGUUUAGCCAUAAGCGUAGUCAUAUUCCUGCUCUCAUCUCCUUGGUCUUGAGCCCUUUCUUUCCUACAAAAAAAAGAAUAUCUUUAAAUAUAUUUUUUGACAAAAACAAAGUACUGUAUGUGUAUUUGACAGAGAAAAUUGUAUCAUUUUAAAAUCCAUUUUUACGUAAGCAGAAGAAAGAAUAAAUAUAUUUAUGUCUAGUUAUCUAACCUCUAAACGAUUAAACUGUAAUCGUAAAGCUAUGGUCAUUGCUAGCGUGUUUACACCGGUGUAAAUGUAUAUAUGAAAUAUAUGUGUAUAUAUUGUAUGUCAGAUUUGACAGGAAUAGACGUCAUUUCAGAAUUACAGUAUUGUUUCUCAGAGAUUUAUGUAGUUACUGAUGAGUCAAAUAUAAUAAACUAACAUGGAUAUUA